GUUAUCAGACAGCACGCAAGCGCAAUCGACGUGCCAAUCAUGUCAAAGGUCGUAAUUCCAAACUUUAAACUCAACAAUGGUCUGGAAAUUCCAGCGUUGGGUUAUGGAACUUGGCUCGGAUUAAAUGAAAAGGGAGAAUUCAUAGUGGAAGAUGCGCCAAAACUUGUCGAUGCAUUGUCCUAUGCAAUCGAUGUCGGCUAUCGACACAUCGACACUGCCCAUCUCUACAGAGUAGAACCGGAGGUUGGUAACGUCGUGAGGCAGAAAAUAGAGGAAGGUGUUGUUAAGAGGGAAGAUUUGUUUAUCACUACUAAGGUUUGGAACAGCGAUCAUCGUCCUGAGGAUGUUGAGAAAUCCGUGAAAGCAUCUUUAAGACGAAUGGGUCUGAACUACCUGGACUUGGUGCUGAUGCAUUGGCCGCUAUCCGUAUCUGUGGAAGGUGUAGAUGAAAAAAUCGACUACCUGGACACGUGGAGUGGUUUCGAAUCGGUGUUAAAGCAAGGCUUAGUCAAAGCGAUUGGUGUUUCAAACUUCAAUGUGGAGCAAUUGACACGUCUUCUGGCUAACUGUCAAGUAGUUCCAGUGGUCAAUCAAGUUGAGAUAAACCUUAACCUCGGUCAGAAGGAACUGGUCGAUUACUGCCAGAAGAACAACAUAUUGGUGGUAGCCUACACGCCAUUUGGUAGGAUGGUACCAAGCAGAUUGGACACCACCUGCCCAGCGAUCAGACACGACGACCCUAUCAUGCUAGACAUUGCAAAGAAAUAUGGAAAAACCGUGCAACAGGUCGCUUUGAGAUAUCUUUACCAACGCGGCAUAUGCAGCAUACCAAAGACCCUCACCAAGACCAGGGUCGUGGAAAACGCUUCAAUUUUCGACUUCCAGAUCGAUGAUGCUGAUGUUGCCACGUUACAAAAAUUCGACAACAAUUAUCGCACCGUUCGUCCUGUUUUCUGGCAGAACUUUAACAAUUAUCCUUUCGAUAAGGUCGACGUUGAUAUAACUGAAAUACCGCUCAGUUUGAGGAAAUGGAAGAAUGGCGCAAAUCUUGAUAUUGAUUAACUUUGAAGAUUUAACGAUUAUAUUAUUUUGCCAUUAACAUCAGUCAGUCAUACACCAUUGGUGGAUUGGUACCUCAUCCAGUCAAGUCCUGCCAUCUUCUGCAAAUUAUCGGACCCCUAGGCUGAAGAACGCUCUAUGCUGUAAUUGCCGAUCAAGGUGUUUGAAUUUAGAACUAUUUUAAAAUUAGUGCAAAUAAUCUAUCACUACUGGAGACAAAGUCCACCAUGAAGAUUCGAGAUAUAUACACGUACUUAA